UCUUCCCGUUCCGUACUAUGGUGGCGUUUUCCCGCGAACCCGUUGCUUCGCUCGGGACAUGCCUGAGCUGCUGGAAAGAAUACAUGAAUUGUUCAUUCUGAUCGAUUAAAACCAUCUACUUCACGACAAAACAUGGCGAAGCAAAGUUCCCUUUUCAAUUUCUUCACAAAGUCGCCGCCGCCCGUGGCAAAGGCCAAAUCAAACCCGUCACCGGUGGAGGCAGAUGUACCUUCAGACAAAUCCAACACGUCUCCUAAAGAAGAGGCGAAAGUCCGCAAGAAAACUACAUCAAAACCAGUGAAAGCUCAAGUGAAGACUGGUCAUGCGAAGCUCUUUGGAGAGAAAGCUGUUGCUGCAAAACAGAGUUCUUCAUCCAUGUUUAGUGCUGGUAAUCUGGUAUGGGCAAAGAUGGAGGGGCAUCCCUGGUGGCCCUGUAUGGUUCUGCCUCAACCUCUCACCGGACAGCAGAUGAGGGGCCGCGGCCGAGAUCAAAGACUUCACGUGCACUUCUUCGAUGAGCCUCCCACGCGUGGAUGGGUUAACACAAAGUACAUAAGGGAGUAUCAAGGUUCUGAUAGCGCAGAUGCCAAAUCAGGCGGCGUGUUUUUCAGUGGUAAACCUGUGAUACGUAAGGCAAUGGAGCUGGCAGACCUCGCGAUGAAGGACAAUACAGAACAGAGACUGAAGAUGCCAAUGUGUAUGGAUCCCUCAGAUGAAGAAGAGGGGGAUGCAGAGGAUAUGGAGCUUGACAAAUCAACCCUAUCAGAUGAGGAAAUGUCUGAGGAAGAGGCCCAAAAAAGGGUAAAGACCAGCCGGCGUCCAUCUCGCGCUGUAGCCGAGAAAGGUCAGAAGUCCAAGCGGCGACGCAUCGCAGUGGCAUCUGACAGCGAGGACUCUGGUGAAGAGUUCAAACCGGAUCAAGCAACAGUUAGCAGUGAUGAGGAUGAAGAGGAUGUUGUGAGCAGUGAGGGUGAGGAAGAAGAAGGGAGCGAGCCUGAGAUCGAACCAGACAGCCCUGUGAAACCAGUGAAGCGCAAACGCUCUGAAAAACCUACAAAAGCAAAGACCAAAUCAUCUCCCUCAAACACCCCAAAACCAGCUCCAGCAAAACCAGCCACUCCAUCUCUGGGCUCUGACAACAAGUCACGGCUUUCUGCUUUCUCCGCCCCGGACAACUUCGAGAGCAGCGGUACGGGCGGACUGGAUGGAGGUUCCACCGUAUGGGACCACGAGAAACUGGAGUGGCUUCAGGACGGCAACCGAAAAGAUGCCCGGCGGAGACGCCAGUCUGACAAAAACUACGACCCUGCGACUCUGUACGUGCCCGAGGAUUUUCUGAACAGGACGACGCCUGGAAUGCGCCGCUGGUGGCAGCUGAAGAGUGAAACGUUUGAUACGGUUCUGUUCUAUAAAGUUGGCAAGUUCUACGAGCUCUACCACAUGGAUGCUGUGAUCGGCGUCAACGAAAUGGGUCUCACCUUCAUGAAGGGUACCUGGGCCCAUUCCGGCUUCCCUGAGAUCGGCUUCGGUCGUUUCUCAGACGUACUCGUUCAAAAGGGCUACAAAGUGGCUCGCGUGGAACAGACCGAGACACCAGAUAUGAUGGAAGCGAGAUGCAAGGCCAUGACGCGUCCCACCAAGUUUGACCGCGUGGUCAAGCGAGAGGUUUGUCGAAUCAUCACGCGGGGCACUCAGACUUACAGCGUGCUCGACGGCGCCCCUUCAGGAACGCAAAGCAAGUAUCUGCUCAGCAUUAAAGAAAAGAGCGAGGAGGACAGCGCAGGUCACGGCCACAUCUACGGGGUGUGUUUUGUGGAUACCUCUGUGGGACACUUCCACGUUGGACAGUUCCAAGACGACCGACACUGUUCUCGUCUGCGUACCCUGGUGGCACAUUAUUCCCCUGCCCAGGUUCUGUUUGAGAAGGGCAACCCGUCUGCUGAGACGCUUAAAAUCUUUAAAGUCGUUUUGUCAUCUGCUCUGCAGGAGGGACUCAAUGCCGGUUCUCAGUUUUGGGACGCCCAGAAGACCCUCAAGGUGUUUGCUGAGGAAGACUACUUUAAAGAAAGCACCGGCAACAAUGUCGGAGGAUCAGUGCUUCCUCCAACUCUGAAGUCGAUGAUGUCUGAAAGCGACUCUUUAGGUCUCACUCCAAAGAAGGGGUACGAACUAGCUCUCUCUGCACUUGGCGGCUGCAUCUUCUACCUGAAGAAGUGUCUUGUGGACCAGGAGCUUGUCUCCAUGGGCAACUUUGAGGAUUAUGUUCCUGUGGAUGUUGAGAUGGAGCAAGCAGGUGGGGCAUCAUGUUUUUUUGCAAAGACCCGUCAACGCAUGGUGCUGGAUGGAGUGACCCUUGCCAACCUUGAGAUCCUUCAGAACAGCUCGACCGGGGGUCCGGAGGGGACCCUGCUUGAACGAUUAGAGACCUGUUGCACUCCCUUUGGCAAACGACUGCUAAAGCAAUGGCUCUGCGCUCCUCUUUGUAAUCCAUCCUCUAUUGCAGAUCGCCUGGACGCUCUUGAGGACCUGAUGGGUGCUCCGUCCCAAUCCACCGAAGUUACAGACCUACUGAAAAAGCUUCCGGAUCUUGAAAGACUACUGAGUAAAAUCCACAGCAUGGGUACUCCUCUGAAAGGACAGGACCAUCCGGACACCCGUGCCAUUUUGUACGAAGAGCUCAUCUACAGCAAACGUAAGAUCGCUGACUUUCUCGCGGCACUCGAGGGAUUCACAGUCAUGAAAGAAGUUGUGUCGGUAAUGGAUCCCGUUGCUGAGGGAUUUCGGUCGAAACUUUUAAGGCAGGUUGUGCUGUUGAAAACCGAACACGAAGAUGGGCUUUUACCUGAUCUUGAUCCGGAGCUCAAACGUUGGGACACUGCUUUCGACCAUCAGAAAGCUCGCACCACCGGCGUGAUAACGCCAAAAGCUGGCUUUGACCCCGAGUAUGACCAGGCGCUUCAUGGAAUAAAAGACUGUGAGAACCAGCUGCAAGAAUACCUGGACAGACAAAAGAAGAGAUUGGGUUGUAAAACGUUGUCGUAUUGGGGAACAGGAAGGAACCGUUACCAGCUGGAAGUUCCCGACAGUGUUUCUGAGAGAAGCCUUCCAGAGGAAUACGAAGUGAGAUCUACUAAGAAGGGAUGGAAGCGCUACUCCACCAAAGACAUCGAGCGGCUGUUUUCAGAUCUACAGAGCUGGGAGGAUAAAAGAGAUGCUGCGAUGAAGGACUGCAUGAGACGACUCUUCUACAAUUUUGACAAGAAUUACAAAGACUGGCAAACCGCUGUGGAGUGCAUGGCUGUUCUUGAUGUGUUGCUGAGCAUGUCCCGGUACAGUCAGAGCAGUGAUGGACCCAUGGUCAGGCCAGAGAUGGUUCUUCCAGGAGACGGGUGUCAGCCUUCUCCUUUCCUGGAUCUGAGAGGUUCUCGUCACCCGUGUGUCACCAAGACCUUCUUUGGCGAUGACUUCAUCCCCAAUGACGUCUUCAUCGGUUGCCCUGGUGACAUUGAGGAAGAGGGUCAAGAUAACAUGAAGGCAAAUGCACCUUGUGUUCUAGUCACUGGGCCAAACAUGGGAGGCAAGUCCACACUGAUGAGACAGUGCGGUCUGGUGGUGAUUUUGGCUCAGUUGGGCUGUUAUGUUCCUGCUGACAGUUUGCGUCUCACACCGGUGGACAGAGUCUUCACUCGUCUUGGUGCUUCUGAUCGCAUCAUGUCCGGUGAGAGUACCUUCUUUGUGGAGCUCAGCGAGACGGCCAGCAUAUUACUACACGCAACCAAUCAUUCUCUCGUCCUCCUUGAUGAACUGGGCAGAGGCACGGCCACGUAUGACGGCACAGCCAUCGCCAGCGCAGUGGUGAAGGAGCUGUCGGAGAAGAUCUGUUGCCGUACCCUGUUCUCCACACACUACCACUCGCUGGUGGAGGAUCACACCCAGAAUCCUGCCGUCAGGCUCGGACACAUGGCCUGUAUGGUGGAAAACGAAUGCGAGGACCCCAGUCAGGAGACCAUCACCUUCCUGUACAAGUUCAUUGGUGGCGCGUGUCCCAAAAGUUAUGGAUUCAAUGCAGCUCGCUUGGCAAAUAUUCCAGAGGAGGUUAUCCAGUCCGGCCAUAAAAAGGCUCGAGAGUUUGAGAGGAGCACGGUGUCUCUCAGGAUAUUCAAGAAAUUCUGGUCAUAUGCUGAAGAUGCGGCAGCUGCUCGUGAAGAGUUCAACAAACUGUUUCAAAAGAUCUACAGUCUGUAAUCAAAAUAGCAUUCACCCGUUCACAUUUCCAUGAGUUUUUGUAUGUUGGUUUGUUUUACUUUGCCCAUCUAGAAAACAAUACUCACUACUAAAAUGAUCUAAUAAAGUUUAUUUUCAAAAAUGUAA